CGUGGCCAUGGCGCAUGGUUCAUGGUUUUGCAGCUGCUUUCUAAUUCUGUAGUUGGCUUCGCUGUACAGUUAUUGCUAAUUCGAGUUUCUCUUUCUCAACGUUGUUGAGCUGUCCCAGUAUUUUAACCAUGGAAUAAAUCAUUGUAAUCCCAAUAAUUCUCGUUUCUUUUCGUGUCGUAACACACGGCUUAUUUUCCGCCUCGCAGCAAGCUGGACAAGAAUGUACUUGUGCGAAAAUGCUGACGGGGUGCGCACAUGGAACGCCGUCGACGUGGAAGUUGACGGAAUGCUGCAGCACGGCUAUGUCAUCGGCCUGGAAGACAUGUUAGAGAACGACAGCACUCCACCGCGUCUCAUUGUCGAUUUCGGGUGCCCCUCACAGCAGGCGGUGCUGGUUCCAUAUGGGAAAAUCCUCGACUGCUCCGUCAGCAAAUUCUGCAACGCGCGCGAAGGAGACGACGUGGAGGUGCUGUUGCACGACGGUCCCGGUCGCCCCUGGAAAUGGUAUCCCGGGAAGAUGUUGAUCCGUGGGUUCCAGCUUCUGCCCUGGGGGGCGCUGGUGGAAUUGAGAAGGGACGGACAGGUUUGUCGCGAGCUGCUUCCCCGCCAACAGAUUCGCGAUGUGUCAAGCGAAGCCGUCAAGCCAAUCCCCCUUCCAGCAGGCCAUUUCGUCGUGCAGACGUGGGGUGUGCCUAACGGCUACUGGGCUCUGGAGCAGUCCGCAUCGGCGAUGCUCCUCCGGAAAGUCGAGCGGGAGUUCUCGCUCCGAUUUGUCAAGGUUCUCAGCCAGGAGAUGCAUUAUGUGCGGCGCCGUCAGGAAGCGCCUUUUUCCACUGAAAAUGUGGCGGCGUCGUUUGAAAGGGGGAGAAAGAACCAUGCGUACUGCCAUCAGCUAGACGAGAGAACCGAAGAGUCGGAGCCGAAACGGAAGAAGCCGUUGACUUUCGGGGAGCGUGGUUUGCCGUUGCCGUUGGAAGUGUUGAAAGAGGUCUUGCGGUGCCUGGACACCGUGGAUCAACAGCGCUGCCGCCGCACCUGCCAACUGUGGGAAACCCUCCUCACUUCGGCCGAACUGUGCCAGGUUCUGCGUGUAUCGCGGCAACAGCCCCGACUUGAUCGGAUCAAGCAGUGGGACUGCAAUUACGCCAUGUACUGCUGCAUCUUUAAGCACAUUACGCCAACCACCCAUACUCUCUGUAUUCACGAUGCCGAACCGUCGUACCUGCAGCAUUGGAACCGGAGCGCUGCUGAUGAAGUGGGGGCCUUGUUAAAGAAGGUCCUGGACGACGCCGGCAUGCGCAUUGAGCGUUGCAUCGUGCACCAGCGAUCGAUCAGGAUGCAAACGUCCGAUCCGCAUGACCAGUGUAGUAUCGGCGUUCUUUGCGCCGAAACCGCCCUGCACUUGUCCCAGCUUGUGUCGUGUUCUGAUCGCGUGAUUUGGAAGGACUAUUCCCUCGCACUAGCGGAGAAGAGACGUGUGACCUUGAUGGAGUUCCGCAUUCCUUCGGCCGUCUUCACCCGGGGAUAUGUUAGUGCUGCGCGUAUUGCGGAUUUGCUGGAGCAGCAUCUGCGCUGCGACGAGCCGCCUCUCUCUGCGGAGCGUAUUGGCCAUUGCAUGGCCAGUCACAUCGACAGCGGAACAAAGGCUGUUAAAAUAAUGCAGAUUCUCCGGGAUUACCAAUCCUGCGAUCCGCGGCCAUCGGCACAUUAUCGAGGAUACGAGUGGAGUGCGGACAAUGUGGCCGACGUGGAUGUGGGCAAAUUAAACGGAUUCUGUCUGCGGGCCUUGGCGAACUGCUGGAAGGACUGGUGCCCAGCAUCCGCGAAUGGCGACGCACAGGCUGAACAUCCCAGCAGUGAAGUUCGCAACCACGAGACCAAAGAGGAGCAGGCGUAAAAUUCUGUAGUCUUGUCAAGUGUUGAUUCACAUAUACGACUUUUUGGGACAUUUUUUGUUCGACCCUGUUAAUUACAGUUAAGUAUAAUCGUUAUAUCUUUACUCCAGUUUCAGUUUAUACUUAAUAGGGCAAGUGUUUCUUUGGUCUUAUCGCCUACCCUUCGGUAAAUAUGAUAUGUUUACGACAUGCAAACUUCUGGCUCUUUUCAGUUCGCCACAUCUUGCCAACCGAAUGCUGUGCGUGCUAAUUAAGUAACUCUGAACCGUCUUUUUUCAUUA